GGGUUCGUAUCGCGCGAGGAACUCGGGCGCGCGACGUGGCUUCUCCUGCACACGAUCGCCGCGGAGUACCCGGACGAGCCCACGCGCGCGCAGAGGAGGGACGCGCGCGAAUUCCUUCGAACGAUGACGAGCCUCUACCCGUGCGAGCGAUGCGGCGCGGAGUUCGCGGACAUCACGCGACGCGACGCCCCGGACGUGAGCUCCGGGGACGCGCUCAGGGCGUGGACGUGCCGCGCGCACAACGAGGUCAACGCGAAACUCGGGAAGCCCGCGUUCGCGUGCGAGCGAUUCCACGAGCGAUGGCGCGGCGUGCGAUGCGAC